UUUUAUGAGAGGCUUAGGUUUCAAGCGGCUAUAAAUUAUAUGUAAUUAAUAAGUCAACAUGUUUAAACAGCAUUUUGAACAAGAUUGUACUCUAAAGUGACAUAAAUUCACCUACAAAUAAGCUGGAUCAUAAAAGUGAUGGAUAAGUCAAAUACAUAGAAAAUCUUAAGAUUUUGUGCGGGGAUAAAUCAGGUGAAGAUGCCUACUUCAAGCCAGUCUCUAAUCCUUCAGACGACGAAUGGUCAGUUGCCACCUUUCUUUGGACGCCGGCCUUGGAAACCAGAACUCCCCCCUGGCCCAGAAUGGACGGCAUCCGAAUAUCCAAUGUCCACUGUUCAAAUUAAACACAAUUACACAGGAAGUGAAACUAAACGAUAUAAAUCUAACAGAAAACCACAAUCUUUAAGAAGAGCGGGCUCAGCACCAGAUCUGUCUUACAAAGCUGAUUUUUCUACCCUACCCCAGCUUCUCAAAAUUAGGGGUUUGCAUGGAACAGUAAGGUAUGAUACAGAAACAAAAUACGUUAGCUGGAAAAUAAACUCCAUUGGACCAUUCUAUGAUCGUAUGAACGCUAGGAGACACCUUACAGUUGCAAAUGCCUCUACGUCUGGAACUCUGAGGUAUUUCCAUGCAGAUCGAGCUGGACAUUCUAUGUAUAACCGAGAUGUUGAUGUACCAAUGGAAUAUGCUUAUCGUCCAGAGUUCAGAAAACAGGUACAAUUUCGUGAUCCGGUUACAUUUAAUAAGGAAUCGCAACCUAAAAUGGAGAAUAGCAUAAAAGAUGGUAUUUUCAUGUCUAUCGAAGAAACAGAAGGGGGAAUGCGAAUGUUUAGAACAAACCUGGAAAAAGCUGACUAUUUCAAGCUUAUUCAAGUAAAGAACCAGUCAGAUGAGAUAAAUGGCGGUGAGGGGAUCGAACUGCCUUUAUUUCGUCUUGAACAGUGCCGCCCAACAGAGGUUGGUUGCUUCCGGUUAGCACCGACUGAAUCAAGAGAAGUUGGUGAUUACAAAUUGGUUCCGCCCCCAGGUUACUUAGCAGACGACUUUAGACUGGUACAUUCAUCCGCAAUUCAAGGCGCGUUUGUUUUGUUGCAGUCGGAUACGGUGAAUCCUGGUCAGUAUCGACCGGUGUUGCGGAACAAAAAUGCGUCCGGCGAGUUCCGUAUGGUUCAAGCUAAGGUACAACAAACAUCGCAUGAUCAAAGCAAGAUGGAUGUAAUCGUGCCAAGGGAAGCUUGGGGAGAAGACAAUUUUUACCUGGAACAAAGUGGGUAUGAAUACAAUUCUGUUAAUAGUCUUCAACAUAAAAUGAACAUAGAAAAGACUGGUGAAAAUCGAUAUAAUUAUUUUGAUGACGUCAGGGACCAAAACGCUGCUAUCGAAAAUGAAUACACGCUGCCAGAUAUAAGUCUUUAUGAGUCGCAUGACAAAGGUGUGCUUCAUCAUCAACCCCAGACUACAUACAACACAAGUCGAGACAACACAUUCGAUAACGACUUUAAGGCAUUUAACCAGCACUUGGAUGAAUUUAACCAAAGGUACAUGGAAACUUUGCGUCAAGGCUCGUCUCGUGAAUACAAAAGGCCCGUUCAUCUUGGUUUUCGGAACGCCAACAGCGACUGUGAAGACGAGAUAAAGACGGCUAAAGGUCGGGGAGCUAGCUCUAAACUUUUAGGCAGCGACUGGAAGACGCAUAAUUUUGAUCAAUGGAGCAGAACUACAAAUAUUUCUAAUGUUGAAAUGUUGUCGUCUGCUAAUGUCGGCAUUACUCGGAAUGUCCAGAAGAUGCCGCCAAUAAACGUAGAGCAGAGGGAUACUUUCCAAGAAAAAGAGUCUCUACUGGAUGAAGUAAAAUUUAAAGCAAACUACAAGCUAUGGAAGAAGAAAAAAGUUACGACGUUGCGCAUGCGCAAAGAACUUCCGCCUAGUGACCCAAAAGCCGUCUGCAUCCGCUUUGGUGAUACCGAUUUAUCACAUGAUGAAUUAAAAGCUAAAAUCGAAAAGGAAACGGGCCAGAAAUUAUUGAGCCUGCAAUUCGAUCCAGUGUCUGUUCAUUCUAUUGAUCCAGAGGCCACCAGUCGAUGGAUCAUAAGGUUUACUGAGGCUUCUGUAUGUGAAAAUAUGGUCGAAAACGGCAUUCGAAUAAACGGAAUAAAGUACCAGAUCCGCAAAUUUGAUGACGUCAUGAAGGAAGAGCACGAGGCUUACAAGUUGUAUAAAAUGAUGAAGGAAUACACUGACAGGAAGCCACUGAAGACUUCAUCUUUACGAAAGGACAUUCAGAAACCAAAAAUAGUGAAAACCACACAAACACAGACACACAAGCAGGAAAUUCAGGGAUAAUUUAGGGGUGACAUCUAGCGUAUAACUGACCCUCAUACAGUAGUAUUACCCGAAGCACAAAGUCUUAUCGUAAAACAAUGGUAACAAAAUUGAAAAUAAUAUCUUGGGUCUUAAAAAGUGUGUUUUUUUUUUCAAAAUAACUUUGCCGUUAGAAUAAGUUGAAAGCACUGCAGUUUAAUUCAGUCCGCAUUAUUUUUUAUCAUCAGGUAAUGCGGUUUUAAUUUUAAAUAUUGGGAUAUUAGUUAUGUAUUCGAUGAUUCUAAAGGUAUGUAGGGGUGGAAGAAUAUUUGUAGUAACUUUCAACGGUAUAUUAAGUUAGUGUAAUUUCUGGCAUGUAUGUUUCCCUGUGUAAAAUUGUAUGAACAUUUUAUUUUUCCCUUGACAAAAGUUUUAAAUUAAGAUAUUCUAAAAGCCUUUUUAUAAGCCAUAAAACAAUUAAAGCCAAAAUUGAAACUUUUUGAUGCCCCAAAUGACUGAAAUUUACAGUGUUAAAAGGACUAUCAAAUUCGCUUUUUGACGACACGUUCUAAGGUUAAAAAUGCCAUUUUUUUUAAAGUUAUUAAAUUUAAAGUUAGGUUAAGGUGUAAGUUAUGUUUGUAGCACACAAAUACAUGUAUAGUAAAUAUGAUAUAUGUAAAUGUAUGCAUUACUUAUAUGUCUGUCGUAACUUUGUGCAUAUGUGGACGUUUGAAAGAAUUUGUUGACUGAUUUAUAAACUUAUACCAUGUGUUUAAUGAUAUUAUAUUACUUUGACUGCU